CAUUCCGACUCCGUCUUUCGACUGAAUCGGAUGUCAAAAGUUUUUUUUCCGCAACGCAGUGGUGACUCAUAGUGUUAACAGUGAAACAUAAACCAAAGCGAAAGAAACCUACGUGCGAUUUUCAAGCCAACUACGCCAUCUUUGCCAAAGCCGCCGCCCAUUCUGCAUCUGCGAAGCAAGCUCUUCUUCGACGUAUACGCUAUCUACGUAACCGGCGUUAAUCAGCGCAUCGUCGACAUCUACGCAAGGCACGCACACUCGUCGAUUGAAUAAAAAGCAAAAAUGAGCGAACAGAAGGGCACUAGAGUCUACGUUGGCAACCUCACGGAUAAAGUGAAGAAGGAAGAUCUCGAGGGAGAAUUCACCAAGUACGGUAAAUUGAACUCUGUAUGGGUAGCUUUCAAUCCUCCAGGUUUUGCAUUCAUUGAGUUCGAAAACAAAGAGGAAGCCGAAUCUGCAUGCGACAAUCUGAACGGGCAGGACAUUCUCGGCUCGAAACUACGUGUUGAGAUAUCGAAGGGUCGUCGAAGCACCCGUGGAGGCUCCCGGGGAUUCCGCGGUCCUCCCGGACGCUCUAGCAGCGGUGGCGGCGGCGGUUUUCGUUCAAGCUCUCGGGGUGGCUUCCGCGAUGGUGGCGGCUACCGCAACGGAGGCAGCGGAGGGUUCCGUGGCGGAAGCCGCAGCGGAAGUCGUUUCGACAGCUAUGGAGGCAGUCGCUCUUCGGGUGGGUCCGGUGGAUAUAGCCGCGAUUCGAGCCGUGACGGCUACGGAAGUGGAUUCGGUAGCAGUUAUGGCGGAGGUAGAAGCAGCGGCGGCGGCAGGUUCCGGUCAAGGUCACCAGUGGGCGGACGCGGUAGAUAUUAGGCCUCUAACAUUUAAGCUGAAAUGAGUUAUUAUCACUUUUUUCCCGUGUAUUGCAAAACUUCGUUGCUUGAACUAUCUUGUCUUGUUUUCUUGAUAAAUACACACCACAAGAACUAGGGCAGUUGUUCAAGCAGGAUAUUAUUUAUUUUACUGACAACGGUUCAUUUGGUACACGUUUUUCUUUUGGAAAGGUAUGACUCAUUGAAACACCCGUAAAUUUAAGGGGAUUCAUUCAUUUGAUUCCAUCACAGACACUAAAAAGUGAGCAAUGUUUGAAAUUAACCAAAACACGGUUUGGUACUGUUUUAUAUGUGUUUUAAUAUAUAAAAUAGAAAAAGGCAUAGCAAAUUAAAGCCACAUUUAUGUUAAAUUGAAGAAAUUGAUGACUAGUAAACAAGACCCCCAAUUGGCCAAAUUUUAUUUUCGAUUGAAACUCCAGUCCAAAUAGCAUGCAGACGCGGUGCAAUAUCUUCUGAAGAAAAAAUGAAAUAAAAGAGAUUAUCGCGAAUACGAGUUGUGUUAGCACUGGUAUAAUACAGAUGGAACAUAAAAAUCCAGCUUGCUGCACAUAUAACAAACCUAUCCUGAGAACCGCCGAAAAAGGGUAAAUCAUAUUUUAAAUCCACAAUUUAAAGAAAUCUGAGAGACAUAAUAAAAAUAGCGUUUGACUAUAUA